CUACUCUCGCCGAUCGGUUGCAUCCAGCCGCAGCCGAUGUCGAACACACCUCUAUACUUGCGUCAUCCUGGGUGACGCAUGUAAACGGGGGAUUCUCUUGUGCACAUUCGUGUUUGUUUAAUAAGUCGACAGACUUCGCUAUUUCGUGAUGUUUUGACUCGAAGUUUACUGCACCUGUACAAGUCAUUGUACAGGUUUGGGUUUGUGCAAUGGACUUCAACAAAAACUUUGACAGUUUUCCAGACACUUCCCUAGUGCUCCUUUCUUUUCUUAAGCAAAAAGGCUGCCAAAAUAGCCAGCUUCAAAGAGAGCUUGUUUAUCUUGAUGAACAACUAAAUCUGCCUACAAAUCACAAUUAUAUUGAGAGUGAUGAUGAAAUACAAGCGGAUGGACACAGUUUCUCAGUCAGCUACAGAGAACUUCUACAUGAAUUUCAGAAUCAAGUUCAGCCUCAACUACCAGUCAAUGCUGAAGAGGCUCAGGCAGCGAGGGAAAUGGCUGCAGAGUUGAUCAGAAUUGCAGACCUGCUUGAGCAAAGCGUCCUGUCCCAAGCUGCUGAAAGUUUGACCAAGAAACUAUACAGAUCGCAAGAGCAGUUGUGGGGCAGACAUCUGUCUGAUGGAGUGCAGGGCUUACUUCACCAGGUGGCAGGUGCCAGUGAGUUUAAGAAGGAACUUGUGGAGAUGGCCUUCACUUUUGUGCUUAUGAAGACUGUUUGUGAACAUGUUCCUCAAUUUUUGUUUGGUCUUUACAGCUCAGUGGUGCAGUAUUUCUUACCACACAGAUCCUGAUGAGCUCUUUGUUCCAGUUACUCAUUUAUGGAAUGUGCAUAUAUGUAUAUAGAUAAUAAAUGAUACAUUUGAAAUCUUUGCCUGUAAACACAAAUGUAUGUUUUGCUUAAAGUGAUAGUCAAGAUUGAAAUGCUAGCAUUACCUUAUGGGAUUUUUUUUUUUCUGUAAACGUUUCCUUUUUUCUAUGUAUUUCCUUGUAAUACUGUCUGCGAUUAACUUGUUUUUUUGGCACUUUGGCCACGUUAAGUUUUAUGGUCUUGUUAGGCAUUUGUUUCUUUCUUUAACUGCCGUGGGAAAAUAGUUUCCGGUUUAAGCCGGAUAUUAUGCAUUAAACCAAAUUUCUGAAAAAAA